CGGUGUGUGGUGUGGUGCCGCGAUCGAGUUAACAGUCGCUGCUGCUUUGUUGUUGUUGCCGGGAGAAAGAGCGAGCAGUCGCGAGAAAGAGAGGAGAGGGUUACCUGAACCGUCGGCCCGUCUCACUUUAGUUUCCCUGCGGUGUCGGUCGGCCCAGCACACCUGACCAACACACCUGUGCGAGGAGCUAGACGAACGAACACCCCUUUAGGCCCGCCACCGAUGAGCCAGAGCCGACCGCCAGCCGCCGAGUCUCUCCCAGCUGCCUGCUUCCAUUCAUGGAUCAACGCCGGUGUUUUUUAUAAGAAACUACCCCUGGUCCAAUUUUGAACAACCCCUAAGACCCAUUUCGCACGAAUAUGUCCCAGGACCACCCGCAGGAGACAAGUCAGAAGCCCUCAUCGUCAUCAUGCACCAGAAGGAGUCGACAGCGGCGGGCCAUGAGCGGGCAGCAGGCGCUGAGUUGGGCGGUGGCAGUGCUGCUGGCCUCGUGCACCCUGGCGGCAAACGCGUCGUGGACGUUCCCGUCGCACGAGGCGGCGAACGCGGCCGCUGACGCCGCCGUGGCCGCGGUCGCCUUUCCCAGCCGACAGGUGAUGGCACGUGGCCUGCAGCCGCACAACUUCACCGCCAGGGCCAGGUUCGAACCACCAAGGUGGAGGCGCUACGUCCGCUUCCCUGGUAACCGCGGCGGCUUCUACCAGCGGCCGCAGGCGUGGGGCGGCACCGGCCCAGCCGCAGCCCCUCCCGUCAUCCCUGCCGGGCCCAGGAGCCCGCGCCUCGUCUUCAGGGACCCUGACUACAUCUCGCAGAACAACUUCCCCACCGGCCCGUCCCAGCAGCAGCAGCCGCAGUUUCCGCUGCAGGACCUUGCGCACGAUGACUCCAGAGAAGCCAGGGUAAAACAGCAGCCGCAGCAGUUCAAUGUAGGUGGCGACCAGAGCCUCUGCUUCGUCGGCAAGUGCGAGUUUUUCCUCGUGUGCUGGAUGUCCGGCGGCUUGAUCGAGGGCAGCUGCGGCGGAUUCAUGUUCGCCUGCUGCCAACGCAAGCAAAAGUCGGACGACGGGGUGGCCAUUAGCGAUAAUGGCGCAAACUCCAUCGCCCACCAGCCAGACUCGGAUGACAAUGACUUAGAGGACUACGUCAAUGGUCCGGUGACUAACGACCCCAAGUGCGGAAUCUCGCUGGGAGAAGGAAACCUGGGUGCGCAGAGGAGAAUCGUCGGCGGCGACGAGGCUGGCUUCGGCAGCUUCCCCUGGCAGGCGUACAUCAGGAUCGGAUCCAGUCGCUGUGGAGGAUCUCUAGUCAAUAGAUACCAUGUGGUCACAGCUGGGCACUGCGUGGCCAGGGCGACUUCCCGCCAGGUUCAGGUGACGUUGGGCGACUACGUCAUCAACUCGCAAGUGGAGCCACUGCCUGCCUUCACGUACGGAGUGCGCGAAAUCAAGGUGCACCCCUACUUCAAGUUCACGCCCCAGGCUGACCGCUUCGACGUGGCCGUCCUGAGGUUGGACCGAGCCGUCCACUACAUGCCCCACAUCGGGCCUAUCUGUCUACCUGAGAAGAACGAGGACUUCCUCGGCCAGUUCGGCUGGGCCGCAGGAUGGGGCGCAUUGCAAGCAGGUUCGAGGUUGCGGCCAAAGACCCUGCAGGCCGUCGACGUGCCAGUCAUUGACAACAGACUCUGCGAGCGGUGGCACAAAGCCAACGGCAUCAACGUAGUCAUCUACGACGAGAUGAUGUGCGCCGGAUACCGCGGAGGCGGAAAGGACUCUUGCCAGGGUGACUCUGGCGGCCCUUUGAUGAUGGAGAAGAGCAACCGGUGGUACCUGAUCGGCAUCGUGUCGGCGGGUUACUCGUGCGCCCAGCGGGGGCAGCCUGGAAUCUACCAUCGCGUGGCGCACACGGUCGACUGGAUAUCGCACGUGAUCAACAAGUCUUCCUGAAAUGACAAGGACUGAACAGUAAGCGUAAGAAGAUCGACGGACGAUCGCGCCUCGUUCGUUCAUGGAGCAAAACGCGAGAAUCAGUGAGCUGCGGGGAGCGUCGUGUGUGAUAAUGAGAGAGCCGUGUGUGUGAUUGCGGGUCCAGAGAUUUUCCAGACAGUCUGCGUGACGGCGAAAUUUGGGACCCAAUAAAGCGGUUGACGUGUGUGACUCUGAUCGCGGGUCAUUCCGUGCAUGUGAUUGCUGCCUCCUCCUGAUAUAAUUAAUGAGCGUCUCUCCGUGCUGCAUUUAAACAGUUUUUUUUUCAUCUCCAGCAAAGUUGGGUUCAAAAGAAAUCGAUAUAUUUUAUUUAUGUGAAAAGAAGAUUUUAACCGGAUUCUAUUUAAUUUGCGAUGUAUUAUUUAUCCGCCCACUUUUUUAAAUUGAUUGAUUGUGUACUGCUGAUGUGCUUGACUUCAGGUGAGAAAACUUUGUCCGCCAGGAACAUUUUAAGAGAGGGGUACUAAUUAUUAAGGUUUGUAAACAAGGAGUAAUAAACUUUUGUAUAAAAAGAU